UUUGACAUUAAAUUUCUUUUGGUUGCUUCCAGAACCAGUUGCCCUGGAUGACGGAACUUUGAUAUCUUGGCUCGGGAAGGAGACGAAAGCUUCAAACUCUCUAUCCGUGGAUCCUUGAGACACAAUAUGACGACGAGAGAGGAGGUCGUGGAUGUAGGUCACUUGGAGAAAAGUCUGUUGGAGACUGGCGCCCAUGAAGAGAGCGAGGCUAAAGAUGAUGAAACAAUUUUGUACACUGCAUCUUUUGAAGAGAUGGAAGAAAAUUUUGUGAAGCAUCAAACAGCACAAUGGGUUCUUUACUCACUGUUAUUGAUCUUAGCAUGGGGCAUUGGGCUGCUCAUGCUGCUGUAUCUGCCAGUCCGGAGGUAUAUACUUAGGAAGGAUAUUCGCUCGAGAAAGCUCUUUCUCACUCCAAAUGCUAUUGUAUACAAGGUCACCAGGCCUGUGCCAUUUCCAUGUUUUGGGGUACUAAAGAAAGAGAAGCAUGUUCUCUUGCGUUCUGUGGCAGAUAUUGUGGUUGAACAAGGAUAUUUGCAAUCCCUGUUUGGUGUCUAUUCUCUUAGAAUUGAAAACGUUGGUGUAAGAAGACCACCCAGUGAUGAUGUUAAAAUUCAUGGUAUUGCAAAUCCAAAUGCUUUCAGGAAGGCUGUUAUGAUGCGUGUAUCAAAUAUGAGAAACGAAAUCGCAUCAAGACAGGCUUCUACAAUAGAAGAUAUUCCAUACCUGAUGAUGUCUCCAUCGAAGUCACUUAGACAAGAUUCCACUCCUUCAGGGGAUCUACUACUAUUGCAAAAACUAGAGGAAAUUGGAAGCUCGGUCAAGAGAAUACAGACAUUAAUCGAGGAGCAACAAUCUCAAACAACAGAAUCUAUUGAUUGAGGAAAUAUUUCAGUAAACAUGCAUGCUCUCCUGCUCCACAUGGACUCGUCUGCAGUUAGAAAACAUUAUUGGCGGCCUUCUACAAAGCAUCUUUGUCUUUCAUUUCCCCGAUUCUUUGAUGGCUAUAUAUAGUUUUAGCUUAUGUUUAACCUAUAAGAAUUUACAUGGAAUAGGGUUUGCUCACAAACACUGUCGUUACAUCAUGUAGCAGUUGCAUUUGGAACUUAAUUAUGUCAUGAAUGCUCCAGAAUAUUUGGUUUUGUUUUUAUGAAACCUCUCUUGUAUUCAUAUGUACAGCGAUCUUAAAGCUUUCUAAGAUAGAAAAGUCUCGAGAUUGAAAUUUAAAAAAGACAGGGUCUUCA